AUGUUGUUCACAACACACGUUUCGGGAACACGGUCUAUGGCUGCCUGUGGAUGUGGCAAUCUGACGACGUGUCUUUGCUCAGCAGUUGUCAAUUUUGCUGCAGCGGGAACCUUCGACUUUUAUAAGUACUGACUGUUGAUCACAUUGCCAUGAUGUUGCAGAGGCUGGCCUUGUGUUCCAGUCUACGUUCCAGGAGCCUGCAAGCAAAUGUUUGCCCACGCUUUGCCAGGGCAGUGUCCCAAAGCAAGUUCCCUGUCACCCAUUCUCCUGGGAAGUCAGCAGCGCACCGCAGUGAGCUCAGACAGGCCAAGCGCAUUGUGGUGAAAUUGGGCAGUGCUGUGGUGACGCGGGGAGAUGAGUGUGGCUUGGCUCUCGGGCGUCUCGCCUCCAUUGUGGAGCAGGUGGCCGUGCUGCAGAACCAAGGCAGGGAGAUGAUGAUUGUCACCAGUGGGGCCGUUGCUUUCGGAAGGCAGAGACUGAGACACGAGAUCCUGCUAUCUCAGAGUGUCAGACAAGCCUUGCACUCUGGACAGAACCAACUCAAAGAAAUGUCACUUCCAGUUCUGGAGGCCCGGGCGUGUGCAGCUGCUGGACAGAGUGGCUUGAUGGCUCUGUAUGAAGCUAUGUUCACCCAGUACAGCACCUGCACUGCACAGAUCCUUGUGACGAACCUCGACUUCCACGAUGAGCAGAAGCGUCGCAACCUGAACAGCACCCUCCACGAGCUGCUGCGCAUGAACAUAGUGCCCAUCAUCAACACCAAUGACGCAGUUGUACCGCCCCCUGUUCCAAACAGUGACCUUCAGGGGGUAAAUGUAAUACACAUCAAGGAUAACGACAGCUUGGCUGCAAGACUGGCUGUUGAAAUGAAAGCAGACCUUCUUAUUGCUCUAUCUGAUGUUGAAGGAUUGUAUGACAGCCCCCCAGGAACAGAUGACGCUAAACUCAUCGAUAUCUUCUACCCCGGAGACCAGCAGUCUAUCAGAUAUGGCUCAAAGUCCAAAGUGGGCAUUGGGGGCAUGGAGGCAAAGGUGAAGUCUGCUCUGUGGGCGCUUCAGGGUGGCACGUCGGUCGUCAUUGCCAAUGGCACCGACCCCAAAGUCACGGGCCACGUCAUCACAGACAUAGUGGAGGGAAAGAAAGUGGGCACAUUCUUCUCUGAGGUCAAGCCUGCUGGUCCCACUGUGGAGCAGCAGACAGAAAUGGCCAGGCAGGCAGGCAGGACUCUGGCCACUCUUCACCCAGAUGAGAGAGGAGAGAUAAUUUGCCGUCUGGCUGACCUGCUGACAGAGAAGAAGGAUGAGAUCCUCAGUGCCAACAAGAGAGACAUGGAGACUGCAGCAUCAUCAGGCCGUCUCUCCCAACCCCUGCUGGCAAGGUUGAGUCUGUCCACAUCGAAGCUGAACAGCCUAGCCAUAGGCCUGCGUCAGAUUGCUGUAUCGUCCAGGGACAGCGUGGGGCAGGUGCUCCGCAGGACCAGAGUCGCCAACAACCUGGAGCUCGAACAGAUCACUGUGCCCAUCGGGGUCCUGCUGGUCAUCUUUGAGUCCCGACCCGACUGCCUUCCUCAGGUGUCAGCUCUGGCUAUUGCCAGUGGAAAUGCUCUGUUACUGAAGGGGGGAAAAGAAGCGGCCAACACCAACCGUAUCUUGCAUCAGCUGACCCAGGAGGCGCUCUCUAUCCAUGGGGUGAAGGAUGCUAUUCAGCUGGUGAGUACCCGUGAGGAGGUGGAGGACCUGUGUAGACUAGAUAAGAUGAUAGACCUGAUCAUCCCUCGAGGCUCGUCCCAGCUGGUCAGAGACAUCCAGAGAGCUGCCAAGGGCAUCCCUGUGCUGGGACACAGUGAGGGCAUCUGCCAUGUCUACAUCGACUCUGAGGCCUGCAUCGAAAAGGCUAUUGACAUCAUCAAAGACUCUAAAUGUGACUAUCCUGCGGCCUGCAAUGCUAUGGAGACUCUACUCCUCCACAGAGAUCUACUGAGGACACCUCUGUUUGACCAGAUUAUAGAUAUGCUUAGAGUGGAACAGGUGAAGAUCCAUGCAGGCCCCAGGUUUGCCUCCUACCUGACGUUUAGCCCAUCUGAGGUGAAGUCUCUGAGGACAGAGUACGGGGACCUGGAGUGCUGCAUUGAGGUGGUGGAUAGUAUGCAGGACGCCGUGGACCACAUCCACAAAUACGGCAGCUCCCACACAGAUGUCAUUGUUACAGAUAACGAGAAUACAGCUGAACAGUUCAUGCAGCAGGUGGACAGUGCCUGUGUUUUCUGGAACGCUAGCUCUCGCUUUGCUGAUGGAUACAGAUUUGGUCUUGGUGCGGAGGUUGGCAUCAGCACAGCUCGGAUCCAUGCGAGGGGCCCAGUGGGUCUGGAGGGGCUGCUGACCACCAAGUGGGUCCUCCGGGGUGAGGGGCACACAGUGGCAGAGUUCUCAGAGGCGGGCAGUAUGAAGUACCUUCAUGAGAACAUCCCUGUUCCUCAGAGAUUCCCCAGCUAGGAACCACAGUCAGUCAGAGAACCCUCCAAUACAGGAACUGUCAUGUAAAAGUGGGAAACCUUAAAGUAAAUUUUUAUGAGUAGGGCUUAAAUUGCAACCUUAUAUAUGGAUCUGUAUGUGACUGUGGGGGUCAACAAACCACUUUCAGAUACCACAUACAUGAAAGCAGCAGGAGACUGUUUUGUAUCUGCUACAGUGUCGGAGCGUGUAAAGCAUUAAGAUGACCUGGAAAUUAAUGAAGAGGUGGUGAACGGUUGCACAGGAAAGCAAAUGGUCAAAGUAUAUGUGUGUGUGUACGAUAUAUAUACAAAAGUAUGUGGAGGCCUGUUCAAAUGAGUGGAUUCAACUUUUUCAGCCAUACCCGUUGCUGACAGGUGUAUAAAAUCGAGCACACAGCCAUGCAAUCUCCAUAGCCCAAAAUUGGCAGUAGAAUGGCCUUACUGAAGAGCUCAGUGACCUUCAAUGUGGCACCGUCAUAGGAUGCCACCUUUCUAACAAGGUAGUUCGUCAACGUUCUGCCUUGCUAGAGCAAUGUAAGUGCUGUCAUUGUGAAGUGGAAACUUCUAGGAGGAACAACGGCUCAGCCGCGAUGUGUUAGGCCUCACACGUAAAAAUCUUCUGUCCUGCAACAUUCCCUACCGAGUUCCAAACUGCCUCUUGAAGCAACGUCUGCACAAGCACUGUUCGUGGUAAUUAGCCCAGUGUGGUCUGGGUUAGGAGGGGGUUUGGCAGGCUGAGAUUUUGCUGUCCCAUCGCGCUCUUGCGACACGGUCGCUAGGUGUACGGUGUUUCCUCCAACACAUUGGUGCAGCUGGCUUCCAGGUAAAGCGGGCAUUGUGUCAAGAAGCAGUGCGGCUUGGCUGGGUCGUGUUUCGGAGGACGCACGGCUCUCGACCUUCGCCUCUCCCGAGUUGCAGCGAUGGGACGACACUAUAACUAACAAUUGGAUACCACGAAAUUGGGGAGAAUUUUUACGUCUUGCGGGCUGGAAUGAAGUUCCGGGGGGCAGAUUACGCGCCCAUUUUCUGUUUCAGCAUGACAAUGCCACCUUGCACAAAACCAGGUCUAUACAGAAAUGGUUUGUUGAGAUCGGUGUGGAAGAACUUGACUGGCCUACACAGAGCCCUGAACUGAACCCCAUCGAACACCUUUGGAAUGAAUUGGACCGCAGACUGGGAGCCAAGCCUAAUUGCCCAACAUCAGUGCCCGACCUCCCUAUUGCUAUUGUGGCUGAAUUGAAGCAAAUCCCUGCAGCAAUAUUCCAACAUCUAGUGGAAAACCUUGCCAGAAGAGUGGAGGCAGUUACAGCAGAAAAGGGGGGACCAACUCCAUAUUAAUGCCUAUGCUUUUGGAAUAAGAUGUUCAACGAGCAGUUGUCCACUUACUUUUGGUCAUGUAGUGUGUGUGUGAAAAUAUACAUACAGUUGAAGCCGGAAAUUUACAUACACAUUAGCCCAAUACAUUUAAACUCAGUUUUUCACAAUUUCUGACAUAUAAUCCUGUCUUAGGUCAGUUAGGAUCACCACUUUAUUUUAAGAAUGUGAAAUGUCAGAAUAAUUGUUGAGAGAAGGAUUCAUUUUUUCACAUUCCCAGUGGGUCAGAAGUUUACAUGCACUCAAUUAGUAUUUGGUAGCAUUGCCUUUAAAUUCUUGAACUUGGGUCAAAUUUUUCGGGUACCAUUCCACAAGCUACCCACAAUAAGUUGGGUGAAUUUUGGCCCAUUCCUCCUGACAGAGCUGAUGUAACUGAGUCAGGUUUGUAGGCCUCCUUGCUCAUCCAUGCCUUUUCAGUUCUACCCACAAAUGUUAUAUGGGAUUGAGGUCAGGGCUUUGUGAUGUCCACUCCAAUACCUUGAAUUUGUUGUCCUUAAGCCAUUUUUCCACAACUUUGGAAGUAUGCUUGGGGUCAUUGUCCAUUUGGAAGACCCAUUUGCGACCAAGCUUUAACUUCCUGACUGAUGUCUUGAGAUGUUUCUUUAAUAUAUCCACAUAAUUUUCCAUUCCUCGUGAUUCCAUCAAAUGUGUGAAGUUCACCAGCCCUUCCUGCAGCAAAGCACCCCCACAACAUGAUGCUGCCACCCCCGUGCUUCACGGUUGGGAUGGUAUUCUUCGGGUUGCAAGCCUCCCCCUUUUUCCUCCAAACAUAUCUAUGGUCAUUAUGGCCAAACAGUUGAAUUUCUGUUUCAUCGGACACCAGGAUAUUUCUCCAAAAAAUACAAUCUUUGUCCCCAUGUGCAGUUGCAAAUCGUAGUCUGUCUUUUUUAUGGCGGUUUGGAGCAGUGGCUUCUUCAUUGCUGAGCGGCCUUUCAGGUUAUGUUGAUAUAGGAUAUAUAUAUAUAUAUGUGUAUGUGUGUGUGUGGAUAUAGAUACUUUUGUACCUGUUUCCUCCAGCACCUUCAAGGUCCUUUGCUGCUGUUCUGGGAUUGAUUUGCACUUUUCGCACCAAAGUACGUUAAUCUCUAGGAGACAGAAUGCGUCUCUUUCCUGAGCGGUAUGACGGCGCCGUGGUCCCGUGGUGUUAACACUUGCGUACUAUUGUUUGUACAGAUGGACGUGGUACUUUCAGGUAUUUGGAAAUUGCUCCCAAGGAUGAACCAUCACUUCUUUUGAUUUUUCCAUGAUGUCAAGCGAAGAGGCACUGAGUUUGAAGGUAGACCUUGAAAUACAUCCACAGGUACUCCUCAAAUUGACAUAAAUGAUAUAAAUUAACCUAUUAGAAGCGUUUAAAGCCAUGACAUAAUUGUCUGGACUUUCCAAGCUGUUUAAAGGCACAGUCAACUUACUGUAUGUAAACUUCUGACCCACUGGAAUUGUGAUACAGUGAAUUAUAAGUGAAAAAUCACUUGUUAUGCACAAAGUAGAUGUCCUAACCGACUUGCCAAAACUAUAGUUUGUUAACAAGAUAUUUGUGGAGUGGUUGAAACACCUAGGUUGGAGUCAUUGAAACUAGGUUAUGUAAACUUCCAACUUCAACUGUACAUGCAGGCAGUACCAGUCAAAAGUUUGGACAGACCUAAUAAUUCCAGGGUUUUUCUUUAUUUUUACUAUUUUCUACAUUGUAUAAUAAUUGGGAAGACCUCAAUACUAACACAUAUGGAAUCAUGUAGUAAUAAAAUAAAAAAAAGUUAAACUAAUCUAAAUAUAUUUUAGAUUCUUCAAAUUAGCCACCCUUUGCCUUGAUGACAGCUUUGCAUACUCAUGGCAUUCUCUCAACCAGCUUCAUGAGGAAUGCUUUUCCAACAGUCUUGAAGGAGUUCCCACAUAUGCUGAGCACAUGUUGGCUGCUUUUCCUUCACUCUGCGGUCUAACUCCUCCCAAACCAUCUCAAUUGGGUUGAGGUCGGGUGAUUGUGGAGGUCAGGUCAUCUGAUGCAGCACUCCAUCACUUUCCUUCUUGGUCAAAUAACCCUUACUUAGCCUGGAGGUGUGUUGGGUCAUUGUUGUGUUGAAAAACAAAUGAUAGUCCCACUAAGCGCAAACCAGAUGGGAUGGAAUAUUGCUGCAGAAUACUGUGGUAGCCAUGCUGGUUAACUGUGCCUCAGUUUCUAAAUAAUUCACUGACUGUGUCACCAGCAAAGCACCAUCACACAUACAGAGAUCAUCCGUUCACCUACUCUGUCUCAAGACACAGCGGUUGGAACCAAAAACCUCAUUUGUACUAAUCAGACCCAAGGACAGUCUAAUGUCCAUUGCAUGUUUCUUGGCCCAAGCAAGUCUCUUCUUAUUGGUGUCCUUUUAGUAGGUGUUUCUUUGCAGAAAUUCAACCAUGAAGGCCUGAUUCAUGCAGUCUCCUCUGAACAGUUGAGGUGUCUGUUACUUCAAUUCUGUGAAGCAUUUAUUUGGAACUUAUCCUCUCCAGCAGAGGUAACUCUGGAUCUUCCUUUCCUGUUGCAGUCCUCAUGAGAGCCAGUUUCCUCAAAGCAUUUGAUGGUUUUUAUGAUUGUACUUUUUAUUUAUUAGAAUAAAAAAUAAAAAAAAGUUUUAUUUAACUAGGGAAGUCAGUUAAGAACAAAUUCAUAUUUACAAUGACGGUCAAACCCGGACGACGCGGGGCCAAUUGUUCGCCGCCCUAUGGGGCUCCCAAUCACGACCGGGUGUGAUGCAGCCUGGAUUCGAACCAGGGACUGUAGUUGGACUGCAGAGUGAAGAAUAGCAGCCAACAAGUGCUCAGCAUAUGUGGGAACUCAUUCAAGACUGUUGGAAAAGCAUUCCUCAUGAAGCUGGUUGAGAGAAUGCCAAGAGUGCAAAGCUGUCAUCAAGGCAAAUGGUGGCUACCUUGAAUAAUCUAAACUAAUAUAUUUUGAUUUGUUUAACACUUUUUGGUGGUUACUACAUGUGCAUGUGUUAUUUCAUAGUUUUGAUGUCUUAUAAGAAAAUAGGUGUGUCCAAUCUUUUAACUGGUACUGUGUGUGUGUGUGUGUGUGUAUAAACACAUAAAUAUAAAUAUUUCUCUCAACAAAAACAUAAACGCAAUGAUUUUACUGAAUUACAGUUCAUAUAAGGAAAUCAAUCAAUUGAAAUACAUUUAUUUGGCCCAAUCUAUGGAUUUCACAUGACUGGGAUGGGAUGCAGCCCUAGAUGGGCCUGCGAGGGCAUAGCCCCACCCACUUGGUAGACAGGCCCACCCACUGGGGAGCAAGGCCCAGCCUAUCAGAAAUAUUUGUUUUUUUCUCCUCAAAAGGGCUUUAGUACAGACAAAUACCCCUCAGUUUCAUCGGCUGAUCUCAGACAAUCCCAGAUGUGGAGGUCCUAGGCUGGUGUGGUUCCACAUGGUGUGCGGUUGUGAGGCCGGUUGUACGUAGUUCCAAAUUUUCUAAAAUGAUGUUGGAGGCAGUUAUAGUAGAGAAAUGUAUAUUCAAAUCUCUGGCAACAGCUCUGGUGGACAUUCCUGCAGUCAGCAUGCAAAUUGCACAUUCCCUCAACUUGAGACCUCUGUAGCGUUGGCCUUAUUUUCCCCAGCACAAGGUGCACCUGUGUAAUGAUCGUGCUGUUUAAUCAGCUUCUUCAUAUGCCUCACCUGUCAGGAGGAUGGAUUAUAUUGUCAAGGGUGCAACGCUCACUAACAGGGAUGUAAACAAAUGUGUGCACAAUUUGAGAGAAAUACGCUUUUUGUGUGUAGAACAUUUCUGGGAGUUUUUAUUUCAGCUCAUGAAACAGGGGACCAACAGUUUACAUGCCCCGUUUUUAUAUUUUUGUUCAGUGUGUAUAUAUCCAUUCAUUCGCCGUGUGUGUCUGACAAUCCCCUGCACAAGGUCUCGGCAGAAUGUUUUGUAUAGUGACCACAGAGGUUGGCCAUUUUGUGCAAUUUGUGCCUCCCCCCACCACUCAUAAAUGUUUAUGGUAAAAUAAUUUGUAAUCAUGAUUGGUUACUGGCCCUAUUUGAUUUGAUUUGAUUUUUUAUUUUAACUUUUUUCCCCUUCUGUUUUUCAUGUUUAUGGUCACAUGUUUGGUGUCAAUACAGGUCCAUAGUGAAAGUUUGUUAUCUUUGGUUCCUCAUGCCACAGAUUAUUUGAAUAAUAAAUAUGAUGUACAGUUCGGUA